UACAAAAAAUACACUUUAAAAUAUCGAAACAAAUGAAACACGUCAUUACCAAAACCAACUCCUUAUUUUACGAAAUAAUUUUAUUACAAUAGAUAAAUUAAAACUGUCCAACUUCACCCCACCACUCGGGGAUAAAAGAGGAAUGGGCGGGGCAGAAAUUAAAACUGAAACACGGAUAAAAAGCUAGACGUCUCCCUCCCGCAAAUGAGCAGUCCAAAGUGCAGUAAGCGGCUUACAAUGGGAGUUGACACUCGAUGUUAUGGCUGUCUCUUUCUGUUUUUACUCCGUCAAAUAGAGCUAUCUCGUUAGCAGCCCUUCGUAGAUAUAAAGGUAUAAGCGGAGUACAGUCAGUUCCACGUGAGACUGUAUUUUGUAAUCAGUGAAGUGGCGCCUUUAUUCUGAAGCGCAGGCACAAUGUUCGCGCGUUUGACAAUUUGACAUUUAGUUUGGCGGGAACACCGUUUCAUGUUUUCAGAUACGCAAAGGCUUAAUCUUAUACGGUUCGGUAUUCUAUAAGUGAGCUCUUUUGAUAUAAUAGUUUUUAAGUGAUGUUAGAAGCCAGUUGAAGAUUGUUAUAGUUAUUGCAUUUGCAAUAACUUGGAUCCUAGUUUAUUUUAAAGCAAUAAUAAGGUCACCACCAUAGAAGAGUACGGGGUGUACACGAUGCUGCCGGCGCAGCAACUAGCGCCGAUAAGCCCGUGGCCACCCGACGCGAUGCUGGACCGCAUGGACGACUUGGCGCACAAAGGAGGCAGACCAUUGCCCGACUCCACGAGGCAGAAGAUCGUGGAGCUCGCACACUCGGGAGCAAGGCCCUGCGACAUUAGCCGUAUCCUGCAGGUCUCCAACGGCUGCGUGUCGAAGAUACUUGGCAGGUAUUAUGAAACGGGUUCGAUCCGACCUCGGGCAAUAGGCGGUUCGAAGCCACGAGUGGCCACAGCGGAGGUGGUGAGCAAGAUAGCCCAAUACAAGCGAGAGUGCCCGUCUAUCUUCGCGUGGGAGAUCAGAGACCGUCUUCUAAGCGAAGGAGUCUGCACUUCGGAUAACAUUCCAAGCGUCUCAUCAAUCAACCGAGUACUUCGCAACCUCGCGGCUCAGAAAGAAAAGUCAAACAAUCAGCAAACUAACGACUGUUCGACUCCUGUCUACGAACGGCUUCGGCUCCUAGGCACGCCAGGGUCGGCUCCGGCUUGGCCGAGAAGCCCCUGGCCUUCGCAGAUCGAUACCAGAACGCCGCCAUAUCAGCUACAUAGUUUGAGUCCUGGACCUCAGGCUAUGUGUAAUGGAACAGAGUUGCCUGUGUUAAAAAAAGGGGAAGAUCAAAUAGAAGGCUUAGAAGGCCUCCACUCAGAUGAGACGGGCUCUGGUGACAAUUCGAACGCGGGUUCCAGUGGAGCUGACGAAGACGCUGCCAGGCUGCGUCUGAAACGGAAGCUUCAGCGUAACCGCACUAGUUUCACCAACGAGCAGAUAGAUAGCCUUGAAAGAGAAUUUGAACGAACUCAUUAUCCGGAUGUGUUCGCGAGAGAACGACUGGCGGCUAAGAUAGGUCUACCGGAAGCCAGGAUACAGGUGUGGUUCUCGAAUCGACGCGCGAAGUGGCGUCGCGAGGAGAAGAUUCGCAGCCAACGUCGCAGCCCCGACUGCUUCACGAGCGCGCAGCCCGCCCACGCGCCGCUAGCUCACCCGCACGCGCACGCACACCCGCACGCGCACGCGCACGCCGCGCCCGCGCUCCCCGCGCCGCCCGCCCCGCACGCGCCGCACGCGCAGCACGCGCAGCACGCGCCGUACCAGUCGCCGCUCAACGUCGACACUUACAGUCCCCUCACUCCCAUGGGCUACAGCACAAGCGGUAUGGUGGGUGACACGCCUGUUUGCGAGAGUGGCGAGUCUGAUCUAUGCAAAAGCGGUUUCCUGGGUUAUCCUCGGUACGAGCUGCCAUACCGGCAGCCUAACCCAUACGUCAACCACAGCUACCAUCAUGAACCAUCAUCGCCUCCUCCAGAACUUGGCGGACUACUUGGUGCGGGCGUAUCUGUCCCAUUAGCUGUACCGGGACAGGACUCUCAGCAGUACUGGUCGCGCCUCCAGUGACCCUGGUGGAGCUAGGCACCUAACAUAAUACCCAAGGCACAUCAAACACACCUUAGACAAAAUUGAAACCCAAAAACUUUAUUUUUCUGGUGGUACUGAGACAGUGGUAUAUGUUCCCAUGUGUUUAAUAUUACAACAAAAGUAGUAUCGUAAAUAUUAUUAAUUAACUAAUUAAUACUUGACGUUAACUAUCUAAAUUAUAAAUUACAUGAACUAUUAUUAAAAAAACGCAAAAGAAAAUUUGGGAUUAAAUAAACAUUAUGAACAAUUGAAAAAUAUAUUUUAUUUAAAUAAUUUCAAAUUAAGAUAAACCUUAACCUAGAAGUCCAUUUAAAUACCUUAGCAAUCUUGGUAUUGUCAACAAUGAAGCACAAUAAAUAUCUCGCACAACCGACUUAAGUAUUUUAUGAAUAUUAUUUAUAUUUUAUUGUACGGAAUAGUAUAAAGAAUUAACAUAUCUACAAAAUCCACAAACAGGAAAAUGAGCACAAAAUAAGGCUCAAAUGUACUUUAUGUAAUUUUGUAAAUUAGACUAUUUCAUUCAAGGAAAAUAUAAAUGCA